AAGAGAGCCCCGUACCAGUGCAGAUGGCUGCGCUCGAGAUUUGCGGCGUUGUCCUCGGCGUCAUACCACUCGUCAUAUCCGCGCUCGAACAUUACAAAGCCGGAAAGGGUGCCGCCGCUGCGUUCGUCAAGUGGCGCGGACAGCUUGACACUCUCAUAUUCCGGCUUAAGCUGCAGAGAACAUUCUUCUACCUUCACACGCUCGAACUCCUCCGCGAGGCACAAGUUGCGCAACUGAGAGAUCGAGUCGAUUUGACGGAGGAAGAAUGCGUGGCCGUCCUUCGCGAUAAGGAGACCGGUGAGGCGAUCCGGGAGUACCUUGGGCCCUUGCACGAUACUUUUGAAGAAGUCUUAGGCCGUUAUGAGCUCUCUCUCAAGACCAUUGUCGCCAAGAUAGGCCACAUCAAGCGAUUGCCCAAUGCACAAAAAGAUGAUCUUUCCGCUUUACUUGCUGCGAACACACCUUGCAACGAAAGAUUCUCAUUUAGAGAGAGACUGAGCUUCACCAUUGAAAGAGGCAGUCUAAAAAGUGUCCUCGAAGAGCUACGCGAGGAUCGACUUUCUCUGGAAACCAUUCUGAAAGGGCUCAAGACUCAGCGACAGUACCUUGCAAAGGAGCCAGGACAAUAUGCGCAAAAGCUGGCAACAAACUUUCGAAAAGUCCAACAGACGGCAACGACGCUGUUUACUGCUAUGUGCAAGUGUUGUUCGUGCCUUUGUGAGCCUAGGCACAGCUUGUUGCUGCGCCUCGACAACCGUGUGCCCACACAGCGUGCCAGGGCAAAGGUGGGGCAAAAAGCAGAUGAUCCGAUGAGAUUCGCCCUCUUUAUAAGUCUCGACAAGAUUCUUCAGGAAGUUUCUGUUAGCGCGUACGAAUUUGGCCCGUCUCUACAACGCCCAGCGACAGCGCAGCUUAUUGGUCAGCAAAAACAAAGAAGGACCGUUGAAUUCUCAAUUCCAACAUUAUCCAUCAUACCGGAGCAAGGCCCCCCUCGUUCCCAGGACUGGGAGCCCAUAUCCGACAUCUGUGGCUCCGCCAUGACCGCCUUUCAAAAGCAUCACCUUCUGAAGCUGGAUUUGAUUGCCCAUGACCUGUCUCCAACCACCGGUAUGAUGGGAGCUCGGUGUGAAGUAGCAGCUUCAACCACUCUAGAACAGUUUCUUCGACGCGGCUGCUUGGAUGAAGAAGCUCGCAUGACGCCGAAACAGCAAACGAUGCUUGCCCUCGAUAUCGCAGCUUCGUUGAUGCAGCUACGACAAACGAGCUGGUCUCCGCUCCCCUGGACGAACAGACGCAUCCAAUUCCUUAUUUCAAAACAGGGUGAAGUCUGCGGUUCCUUUGUCGAAGAGCUGAUUGGAAAUCGGACCGGCAACACGCCCUUGGACCCAAGACCCCAGGGCUCUGACCCGAAAGAGGCUUUGCUCGAGCUAGCCAUUUUACUUCUAGAGAUAUGGCAUCACAGACCGCUCGAUAUGUGGGCGGUGAAGCUGGGCAUGGAGUCCAUCGACACGCCCGAGGCAAGGAGAAUCGCGGCCAUCCGAUGGCUGGAGCUGACGUCGGACAGGUUGCCGCCGCACCAUCUAACCGCGAUCGAGCAGUGUUUGGCAUUCUGCUCCGGCAGGCUCCGGGUCUGGGACGACGGUGAGUUCCAGAAGCUGUAUUGCGAGAAUGUAGUGAAGCCAUUGCAGGAAAGCUGCAAGGCAUGGCAAGCUUAAGUCUGUCAUUGUGGUUGAAGGAAUCUUGUAGCUUUAAUGUGGCCUCCGACUAAGCCAUGAUUGAUUCCGGCACACGUAUAGCGUUGAUUGUGAAGGCAGCGCUCAGAGAAGUGAUCCCGUGGUAGGGAAAGUUCAGCAUGGUUAACUUCUUCACGCAAUUUAUUUCUGUCUAGGGUUAAUUAC